GAGUAGCCAAUCAAAUACAUUCUUGUCUUUGAAGAGUGGAGAAACCAUCAAUAUUCUGUCAUUCAGCACAGCAGUUUGAACAGGAUGACAUCUCCAUUGUUUGCUCUCUGUCUUACAUGUUUGUUGUUGGGAAAAAUGGUUCAGACGAUGACGUUUCUGAAAGUCUCUUCAGGUGUUCGUCAAGAGAGAAGUUUUGUAUCAGUUAAAACUGGAGACAACUUGACUUUGCAAUGUUUCGACAAUGGUAGUAUCCCUGCAAGGCUUUAUUGGUAUGAACAAUCUCUGGGACAUAAGCCAAAUCUCAUCUCAAGUUACUACAAGUACGAAAAAAAUGCAAUAUUUUAUGACAAAUUCAAAGACAAUCCACGCUUCACACUGGAUACGGAAAAUACUUUGGGAAGUACUAAAAAUCAUUUGACGAUAACAGAUUUACGCCUCUCAGACUCAGCUACCUAUUACUGUGUAAGUUGCUAUACAUACAAAUGUGAAUUUACAGAAGACACUACUGUCAGUGUGAAGGAUUCAGGUUUGAACAUCCCAGCUUUGGUCCAUCAGUCAGCAUCUGAGACCAUCCAGCCAGGAGGCUCUGUGACUCUGAACUGUACAGUACACACUGGGACCUGUGAUGAAGAACACAGUGUUUACUGGUUCAAAAGGUCUGAAGAAUCUCAUCCAGGACUCAUUUACACCCAUGGAGGCAGGAAGGAUCAGUGUGAGAGGAACCCCAACACACAAACACACUCCUGUGUCUACAAUUUGCUGCUGAAGAAUGUUUCUGAUGCUGGGACCUACUACUGUGCUGUUGUCUCCUGUGGACACAUACUGUUUGGAAAUGGGACCAAGCUGGAUUUUAAGUAUGAGGAGAACUCUCAUUUUUUGGUGUACGUCUUGAGUGGCGCUUUGAUAUUCACCUCCAUCGUGGUUGUUUUACUGUCUGUCUCAGUGUUCAAGAUACAGUGGCAAAACAGGAGCCAAUCUAUAGAGCCUCAAGCAAGUCUUUCAUCUUCCUCCACAGCAAACGCAGAGGGCUACCAAGAGGCAGAUGAUCUCCACUAUGCUGCUUUGAAUGUCAACCCGUCUUACAGAUCAGGAAGACAGAGAAAUAACACCAACAGUGAGUGUGUGUACUCCAGUUUAAAGCAGUAGGACAGGACAUUUGUAAUGUAAUGUGAGUAAGGUGUCAACUUCUCUCUAGAUGAGCAAAUGCAGCAUUGGGUGUUGAUGUAAAUCUUGAGUUUGUAGCUUCUUUGUGAUUUAGUGGCAUGAAAAUAUUUGCUACUUUGUUUUCUUGCAAAAUAAAUCAUGUAUUUUAAAUCCUAAAAUUAUUUUGUUUCAUAAACACAAUAAGGAAGGUACAUCCUCUUUAGCCAUGCAUGACUUCUGCACAAAUUUGAGAAUUUCACCACUGUGGGACCAAUAAAAGUUUAUGUUAUUUCAUUUUAUUAUUCGUCCUAAUCCAGUGUUAUGUAUAUUUUGCGCCAUUAAUGAACUAGUAAAUCCUCACCAUCAAAUGCCAAUGACUUAAAUAAGAACAUUUCAUGAUCUUUGAUAUGUUGUUUGGGCAUAUGUUUGGAGCAGACAAAAAGUCUGGUCGAGCCAGUUGGUGCUAGUAGUCUCACAAUUAGUGAAAUGGAGAUUAUCAGAGUGCAGUGAAUGUGUCUCAGAUUACUGUAGUAUAAAGACACCUGUAUAUAGAAGGUCCAGUCACUGGUUAAUCAAAAGAAUACCCCAAGCAACUCAGAGAAAAGGUUAUCAAAAAGUUUAAGUUAGAUCAAGUCACUGAACAUCCACUGGAGUUCAUUUAAACCCAUCAUUAAGAAAUGGAAGAAAAAUGGCACAAAUCUGUCUCGAGCAGGCCAUCCUCAAAAACUGUGGGACUGUGCAAGAAGGAGAAUAGCGAGGGAGGCCACACCUAUGAAUUUAAAAGUUUGAGCAGCUGAGAUGGGAGAGACUCUAGAUAGAACUGCUGCUCAGGUUUUUCACCAGUCAGAAUUUUAUGGGAGAAAGUCCCUGAUGAAGAAAGCUCAUAUUAAAUCUUUGCUCAAAGACACGUGGGAGACCCCAAGGUCAACUGGACAAAGAUUCUUUAUUCUGAUGAGACCACUAUGAAGCUUUUUGGCUAGAUGCUGUUUGGCGGACACCAAACACUGCACAUCUCCACAAACACACCAUCCCCACUAUGAGUCACUGCAACAAUAGCUGGUUGGACGAAGCCAAACUGACUGAAUAGCUGGCAUCCUUUUUUUUAUAUAUUAAGUACAAGACUUUACUGAUUACAUUAUUUAGAAUGCAAUUGCAUUACAUUGCAACUGUACACCCAUGCUGCAUGCUUUAUAGGGCAACACACUUUGUAGGUUUGGUGCAGGAUGUUACGUUUUUUUUUUUGUACAAUGAAUGCCCCUUCAGAGAAAUACCACAUUUCCAAAAGAUGAUUGAAAUACUUUGGGUUGAAUGACUUGCGAUAGGACUGAGGUAAACUGGCCUCUCUUGCAAACAUGUCCUCACCUUGCACCAUGCCUUGCAGACUAAAAAUGCCAAAUAGACAUUUAGAACAAUAUUUCAAUUUGGGAACAAGAAAAUCUGUUUACUACACACCUUGAAGAUUAAACUACAGUACAAAUAAUGUUAGAAAAAUAUGUCAGUGCGGUGGGGCACCUCCUACUAGACUACAACCACUAUCCUGCACCAAACCACUCUGUCUGGAUAUAUUCCCAAACUAUUAGAAUUGUACUGACUGCAAUUUGGACAGUUUGCUUAUUUACUGGCUGUAUUUGUUUCUAAAGUGAUAUCGAAGGAGGAUUAUAUUUUUUGUAUGCUGGUUGGAUGAAGCCAAAACAUCAUUAUUCACUUUAAUAAUGACGUGUUGGUGCAGGUGUAGCAGAUUCAGUUCAUUUUGUAAACUGACCUUCUGGUCAUUUAUGAUGUAAAGGCAAGCUCAGUUUGUGGUCAUAUGUGUGUGACAUAUAUGUGUAACAGUUUUUUCAAAAGCUAAACCACAAACAAAACAAAUGGCAGUCAAACAAUAGUAUCUAUGGUUUUGUAAGGUUUGAGUUGUCCAUAUUAAUGACUGUGUGCACUUUUUGUAAUUCUGUGAUGUCAAAGAGAAUGUGUUCACACAUAAAUCAUUUUUGAUACCAGUAGAAUGAAGUCUUUGUGCUUUCACUGGGAUAAAGUUUAUGCAAUUCAUGCAAAUUCAGUUAUGCUAUAAGACACACCACUAUGACACUUUAUGCACGAGUGUACCUGUAUAUGUGUGUGCAUGUGUGUUUACCCACAAACCAAAGUUUCCUGCUGGUGUGGUGAAAAAAAAAAGGUGAACUGACUGAAAGAGAUCUGCCACUCAUAAAUAUUUAAAUAUUAUUUAAGUAUUUAAAUAAAGGAGCCAUUUCAAGAGGAAGACUUGACAAUUGGUUCAGAUGAGAGAAAAACAAAGGUGCUCUGAGCUGUGAUGGAGGAAGUAUUCAUAUAUAAUACAAUAGUAAAAGUAGCAGUACUACAAUAUAAAAAUGCUCCAUUAUAAAUGAAAGUCCCGCAAAAUAUUACUUAAAGACAGAAAC